AUGUCCGGAAACGAAGGCCACGAUAACGCGCGGCGACCGCGCUCUACCUCGCGUUCGCGUCCCACCACGCCCCUCCGCCCUUCGUCUCGCUCCUCCUUCCGCGAGUCGGCGCAGCGCAGCGUCCAAGGCGGCGAGCCCUUUCCGCUGAACGCCUUCGAGCCCGCAUUCGCCGAGUUUUCCGACGCCAUGGCCGACCUGGAGGCGAACAUGAUGCACUUCCAGCUGAUGCACGAAAGCCUUUCGCGCUUCAGCGAGAGCUUCGCGAGUUUCAUGUACGGACUCAACAUGAAUGCUUUCUGCGUCGACUUUCCGGAGGGACCGAUUCCCGAGUCGUUCCGCCGAGCGAAGGUUAGAGAGGAGCAAUCACCAGUAGCAGUAACCCGAUCUCGAAGCACAGAGCGAGGUGGCGAGUUUGACGGAGAAACCACAUUCAUGACUACGGACACCUCCUUCGUAGAGAACCCUCCGACCCUGUCUAAGCCGACUCCUAAGAAGUUUGCGGCGCCAGAUACUCGUCAAUCCCGCGUCCCGGCCCCCUCGAGAGGCGGCUCGCAGUCAAGAGGUAGAACCGGCACGGGCCGAGGUCGAGCUAGUGGUCUCGUCAAGCCCAGAGCCCGCGGUUUGAAGUAA